CCGGUCCCAUAACAAAGUCUGUGACAAUCAAUAUCACAGCAAGAAAGAAGAAGAAGAAGAAGGAGACCGGCGAGAAGUCGAAAAUUUGAUGUAUCAUCCCGUUGGACGGUUAACAGCAGUAGUUUUGUGAUAAACAUUUAAUUCCAACAGCCACAAUGAACAAAGAAAUGCCCUUGUACGAAUUGGCCCAGCAGGAUUACCACGUCCUGGAGGAGAUGAUCUCCACCAAGCCAUCGCUAAUUACGCAGAAAGAUUCCAACGACCGCUUCCUGCUACACUGGGCUGCCCUGCGGGGCCGCGAGCGGAUGGUGGAGGAGCUGCUUAAAAAAGCCCCGGAACAGUUGGAUGCAGAAGAUGACACCAGCGCGACUCCUCUGGUGCUGGCCACGCUGGGUGGUCACCUGAGCACAGUUCGGUUUCUUGUGAGUAAAGGUGCAAGUGUAAAUCACCGCAACUGGCAAGGUCACUCUUCACUGCAGUAUGCCUGCUCCAAAGGACAUUUUGAGAUUGUAAAAUACCUGCUAGAGCAGGGAGCCGAUGUGAAUGUGGUGGAUAAACGAAACGAUACCCCGCUGCAUCGGGUGGUCUCGCAGGGCAGGCUGGAAAUUCUCAAGUAUUUGCUGGAACAUGGUGCUUCUGUUAAUGUACAGAAUGCCGAAGGCAACACACCGCUUCAUUUGGCCUGCGAGGACGAACAGAACGGGUGUGCACUGUUGCUUGUCGAACAUGGCGCUUCCGGCGCCGCGCAGAAUAAGGAGGAGAAAACUGCGCUUGAUUUGGCUAAGCCUGGUUUGCGGCGGAAUUUAAAAACUAAGCUGGGAAUUAAUGAUGAAUAAUAUUUUGCUUCUGACUUUC